AUUUUGCUGGUUCAGGCAUUUUUGACAGCUUCUGCUUUACCACGUGCUUCACUCACUCACACCCACCGGUAUUCAGCGUGAAUAAGACGAACCACUGCUACUACUGCAGUAUUUAUAGAUAUCUUAUGCAAAUAAACGACUCUCCUUGAUGAUUUACUAUUGGGUGGACGUACAAGAGACGUCUCCACGGCACAUCGAAUCCCACUAUUGGUCAGAGUUGGAUCCGCGUCUCCAUUGGCUGUUUAGAUACUAACGCUACUUCAGCCUAUCAAAAACCGCUUCCAUCUUCAAAUAAAACGUAUAUAAGGGUAGAGUGGGCUAUAGUCAGAUCAUUCGCAUUUUUUUUGCUUCUUUUGUUGCUGUGAGUGCUGCUUAAAGCGAUCAUCAAUCAUGUCAGGCCGAGGAAAACAGGGAGGUAAAGUGCGAGCUAAGGCGAAGUCUCGCUCCUCGCGGGCUGGGCUGCAGUUCCCAGUGGGCCGUGUGCACCGGCUGCUCCGCAAAGGUAAUUACGCUGAGCGGGUCGGGGCUGGAGCUCCGGUCUAUAUGGCCGCGGUGCUGGAGUAUCUGACCGCUGAGAUUCUGGAGCUGGCUGGCAAUGCGGCGCGGGAUAAUAAGAAAACCAGGAUCAUCCCCCGUCACCUGCAGCUCGCCAUCCGUAACGACGAGGAGCUCAACAAGCUGCUAGGGAAAGUGACGAUCGCUCAGGGAGGUGUCCUGCCCAACAUCCAGGCUGUGCUGCUACCCAAGAAAACCGAGAGUCACAAGGCUAAGAGCAAGUAAAACCCGAAAAAGAAUCUUAACUCAAAAAAAAAAAAACCCAAAGGCUCUUU